AUGAGCCCGGGUUUCUUAGCAGUUAAAGGUAUCGGUUUCAACGUUGCUGGCAAAGCCGAACGAAUCCACGGCUCAAUUAGAGCGUCUAGCAACCCAAAAGGAAGAGUGCUUGCGGCCAAACAACCUAUUCGCGUGACUGUUGCUUUAGUCUCAUGUAACUUCCUAAUUGCUAUAGGUAUGAGGAAGGCCAGCGCAGCGUUUACUGUCCGGUGCUAUAUGACUGUCAAGCCGUCACCAGAAACGCUUCUGUUUUGCUUGGCCUCAGCAUAUCUAGCUUCCAAAGCUGGAUUCCCGGCAGGCACAUUCAACGUUCUAACGACCUCUUUGGAAAACACCCCUGGUAUUUCCGUGGUCUUGUGUAACCAUACUCUCAACGCGAAAGUAAGGCUUACAGGCAGCACUAGGGUGAGCAAAAUUGUUGCUGGUCUUUAUGCUCAGGGCCUUAAAAAGUGCACACUGGAGCUUGGUGGAGACUGUCCUGUUAUUGUCUUUGACGAUUCUGACAUUGGCCAAGCCAUCAGCCAAAUCAUGGCAUUAAAGUGGAGGAAUGCGGGCCAAGAAUAA